AUGGCGCUGGUCAACGGAAUGGUAGAGACCUUGAAGAUCAUUGGAAGACAGAACACCAUUGAACCUGCGUCAACAGCAGCUACUUCGACCUCGAUGUCAUCCAGCACAGCAACCCCCACCCCAUCUCCAGGAUCAACAUCCAACAAUAGUAGCCCGACCAGCUCGCCACUUUUAUUCUUUGUUGCGCUAGGAUUUGGUGUUGUAUUUACGAAUCUAUGGAUUAUUGUUGGUGUCAAAUAUUGUUUCCGUUACAAUGCUAGGAAUCGGGCAAUGCGAGCUGGCGGCGAGGUUGACCCAAUUAAUCUUGAGAACAUGCCAGUUCGACCUCACCGGAGACGACGGGAAAAGAAGCUCAUGACUAUGGACGAAGUGAAUGAACGAUUUCCUUUGACAAAAUAUAAGAACUGGGUAGCAAACCGAGCCAGCGAAGGACUGCCAACCAGUGGAGGUGUUACAUCACCGCCAAGUCGAGCUGCAAGCGUGGUAGAAGUUGAGGGUGUGGAACCAUCUUCACCUAUUGGAACCAAGCACUCUAUCAACACCAGACCAGCCUCGACCACUUCGAACAGAGAUGAAGUAACAGCAUCAUCACCAACACAUACUUUGAGAGGUGGAUUUGGUGACAGAAAGAGUAUGGAUGCAACGAUUGUGGAACAGCAAGCUGUGACGAUGGAGGAGCCCAAGGAAGAACUUCAUCAUUUGGAAGAGGUGCAAACGAGAGCCAGUACCGUCGACAACAAGAAUAUUGUAGUAGUCGAAGAGGUCGAAGACGACGACGAGGAUGAUCACAUUCAUACCGCUGUACUACCAGAGCUCCUCAACAAUCCCGGAGAUUCAUGUGCGAUUUGCAUUGACACUCUAGAAGAGGACGAUGACGUUCGUGGUUUGACUUGUGGCCAUGCUUUCCAUGCUGGUUGCUUGGAUCCAUGGCUGACUAGUCGUCGUGCCUGCUGCCCGCUUUGCAAGGCCGACUAUUUUACACCAAAACCCCGACCUGAAGGCGAGCCAGAGCCUGAGCGACACCCACGUAGAGCGCACGCCUCGAGAGUAAAUAUGCCCCAACCGCCACAAUCAGCAUGGAUUGGUAUUCGAAGUAUGCCAGGAAGAUUCAGAGCAUCCGCUAGAUCUAAUGCGGAUACCUCAACUCGUGACGAUAGAAAUGCCAGACGGACACGCCAAGCACAAGACGGACCGACGAGUGUAGCAGCUGAUGGAGGAGUGCCUGAAGUCAAUAUUGCUCCAGCUACAAGUAGAUGGAGGCCGAGAAUGCCGGCGGCUUUCACCGGAAUUCGCAUGCCUGGUAGUAAUAGAGCCGCAGGAAAUGCUUCAAGUCAACCAACAAAUGCCGAGCCAUCACCUUCUCAGCUGGAAGCAGGUCAUCGUUUCGCUUAG